AUGGCUGCUCCUCAAGGAUACCCUCUUCUCUGCCUCGAGAAUCCUCUCCUCGAUAUCCAAGGUGUUGGAGACGAAGCGCUUUUAGAAAAGUAUGGAGUCAAGGCCAAUGAUGCCAUUCUCGCUGAGGAGAAGCACAUGGGUGUCUAUGAGGAUCUUCUCCAGAACCACAACGCCAAGUUGAUUGCUGGUGGUGCUGCUCAGAACACUGCUCGCGGUGCUCAGUACAUCCUCCCCGAGAACUCCGUCGCCUUCAUCGGCUGUGUCGGUAAAGACAAGUACGCCGACAUCCUCACAGAAACCUGCCAGAAGGCCGGUGUCCACACUGAGUAUCGUGUCGACGAUGUCCAGCCCACCGGAAAAUGCGGUGUUAUUAUUACCGGCCACAACCGCAGCAUGAUCACUCACCUUGCUGCUGCCAACGAGUACAAGCUUGACCACCUCAAGCAGCCCCAUGUCUGGGCUCUUGUUGAGAAGGCUCAGGUCUACUUUGUCGGUGGAUACCACUUGACUGUCUCUGUGCCUGCUGUUUUGGCUCUUGCUGAAGAGGCUGCUUCGAACAAUAAGCCCUUCGUCUUCUCCCUCUCCGCCCCCUUCAUCCCUCAAUUCUUCAAAGACCAGCUCGACAGCGUCAUCCCCUACGUCGACUACCUCAUCGGCAACGAAACCGAAGCUCUCGCCUACUCCGAGAGCCACGGCUGGGGUUUGACUGACAUCGCCGAAAUCGCCAAGAAGCUCACCACCCUCGAGAAGAAGAACACCCAGCGCCCCCGUAUCGUGAUCAUUACUCAGGGAACCCUCCCUACUGUGGCUGCUGUCUCGACUUCCAGCGGCGUUGAGACCAAGGAAUAUCCCGUUCACGAAAUCUCCAAGGAGAAGAUCAACGAUACCACCGGUGCCGGUGACGCUUUCGCUGGUGGUUUCGUUGCUGGUAUUGUCCAGGGUAAAACCUUGGAAGAGAGCAUUGACCAAGGUCAAUGGCUCGCCCGCCUUAGUAUCCAGGAAUUGGGACCUUCGCAAAUUGACUUGGUUCAGAAAAAAGAUCCCUUUGUGACAGUACUGGUGGAUGGCGAUGGAGCUAUAUUCCGGGAUGAGUUUUAUGAGAAUCCUGCAGAGGGGGCUCAAAAAGCCUCUGUGGCCUUGCAGCAAGAGGUCAGAAAUUAUCUUAAACAGACGCAGCCCGAUCUAGAGGAUGUUCCGAUCUUACUUCGCAUCUUCGUCCACCUCCACGGCCUUGCGGGGGUACUGCGCUCGUUAGAUAUAAUUGGAGGCGAAAAGGAUAUGCGCCUCUUCGCCGAACAUUUUAAUAAGAGUCGUGCAGAGUUCGACAUGGUGGACGUAGGAAGUGGUAAGGAAAACGCAGAUGCGAAAAUGCGAAAGAUGCUUACCCAGUCAAUAAAGCAGUUCCAGUGCAAAAAGAUAUUCUUUGCUGGCUGUCAUGAUUCUGGCUAUAUGCACGACUUGACUGAAUACCAAGGUGACGACAGCGCCAAAGCUCGUAUUAUCCUGCUGGAAACAACGCCUGCGCAUUAUAGCUUCCGCGGAAUGGGCUACCAGAUAGCACAAUUUGACCGCACUUUUCGAUCUCUCCCGCUUGAGACUGUAUUGAAGCCGGUUGCUGCUCCGACACCUCCAGUCAUUCAGUCAACUUCUCAGGACGAUACUUCUCUAGCUAGUCAUGGAGCGUUAUCAAUGAAUCCCCCGCAGAGACAGCCAUCUAUCGGAUCUGAAAGCCAUAUCAGUUCAGGCAAUGGCGGACACUCCAUCACCUACGCCACGGUGGGAGGUGCCAAUGGCCAACAAAACAUCACUCUAGUCAAAAAACCCAGAGCUCCACUGACCAUUAAUUACAACGCCAAAGGCCACCGAUUAGMCCCAUCACUGAAGCAAUUCACUAACGAUCAAGCCAUAACCAGCUAUUCAAAAAAACUAGAGGCUAUUAAACCCAAAGGUUUCUGUAAUGAGCAGUAUCUUGUGGGCAAAUGCGGACGAGACAGCUUACCAUCGGAAUCGAGCUCGCCUGACCCUCUGCGUAUACGGGCCCUCUUGCGAGAGGUACGGGUGUUUCCUUAG